GCAUGUUGUCAGCGAGCGAGGUGGUAGUGGAACUCGCAUUCGAGAACAUGGAUUCGCUGCCGUGCCGCAGCGACACUGGCAUGCGCGUUCCAGGUUUGCAUCCGGACAUCAAUCAGCACCGCGUGUUUCCGUUGGCUUCAGGGCAGAAUCCGAACGUCUCGCUGUCGGGAGACGCGCUGCAGUCGUUCACGAAUUCUCUCUAUUUCAAUGUCUUUGACGAGACGGAAAAUAUGAUGCAACUGGGCGGGGGAGCAGGUGGCUCCAAUUCGAGAUCGAGCGGCUCACGCAGUAGCAGUCUUGGACGAGCGUCGGCAGCACAACCGGCUGUUGUGACUGUCCGUGAGCGUCGAUAUUUAGGAACAUUCUCUCUGCCUUGGCCGACAGUAUUGGCGAACAACUGCAAGGUCGAAGGCCGAUUCCGUGUCGAAACACCAGUGGGCAUCAUUGGUUAUCAAGGCGUACCGUCACAGCAGCGGGGAAGACAGUCCGUAGGCAUGGUUCCAACGACGGGACAGCCCCUGAUGGCCGGGUUCCAAGGUACUUGGAUUUACUUGGUGAAGUUUUUCAAUACACUUGAUGGAAGAGAGCGCAUCACGCGAAUAUUCACUUCCUAAUCUAUAGCAUGCACGCAAAACUUGAGUGUGUUAAUCAUACUGUUUUUGACAGGAGGUGAGGAAAACGACGAACCGAUGUACUUGUACGCUUCCAUCACUUUGGAUCGGGUUCUCGGUGAGCCCGACAGUGGACCGCAGCCAAUCAUUCCUGGUAGAGAGUCGCGCGCGUUAUUGAACCACAUUCACACGUGGACCGCUGCGCUUGGCGAAAAAAUUGCAAAAGAAAAUUUAGCUCCGACGCUUGGGACUGACAUUGAAGGUCACAGCCGUCUGAUUUCUCGUUUUCUCACUCCGCAGCCACCACCACCCGACGUGUGUGAGGACCCGCUAGACCCAUUUUCCAUUGAGAAAUCGGCACGGUACGUGUCUCUGAUUUCGUUCCUGACAGACGCACAAAUGUUUGAGGGACGAGCUGUCGAUUUGUGGUGUACCAGCAAAACCUUUUUGGACAUUGGUUGUGGCGACUUCGAGGAACACGCGAUUCUGCUGUGCAAUUACUUCAACUUCAUAGACGGAAAACGUGGUGAGGCGGAUCCGUCGUAUCAUUAUGGCAUGACAGACACGAAGAUGAAAUCGAUUACAAACACCGACUCCAAUGCAUCGGAGGGACUUUGUCUUUGCAUUGUUGGAAGUAUGCUGCAGUGCAUUUUUGGUCUUGACGCCAUACUGGAACAAACCACAGUAGAAGGUCGUCCGAGAUGAACAGAGUUAAAGAGAUGCACCUUUUUUUGGCAUAAUAUAAUAAUUGUCUACCUGCUCGUUUAAGAUUAAGUGUAUGACCCACUUGCCUCCUCUAAUUCAGAGUCAGAAGUUUCUGUGUCAUUGUCGAAGCGAUCCCAGAUGGCGAGGCAAUGUAUGUCAUGCGACAAGACCAGCAAACUGGGCAUUGCGAGUUUUGGGACCCGAUCGCGAAUCGCUGCUACUUUGUUCCACGCAAAACCGAUGACAGUUUUUACAAGAAAACAGCCGCUGCUGUUGAUAUGGAGAAACACACUUUGGUACAGUCCAUACCCCCACUAAGGUGGGCAGCCGGGGCAAUAAAGCGCUGGAGGGAAGCGGAGGAACAAAAAGGUACUACUGCUUUCGUUAUAAUUGUUGAGCAGGAUCUGGUUAUUUUAUACCGAUUUGAAUUUUGAAUUUGAAUUUUCGUAAGAGCGGAAGAACUGCUACUCUUAAUUAUCAUUUCUUGUUCUUCUGUGAUUCUGGUUUCUAUUCAUCACCUACCGAGGAUUCUUUACUCUAUCGUCAAUGACUGCAGCCCGCUUUUCCGCUGCCGGCAACCUGCAGCCAACGUCCUAUAGUGUCGCGUGCCCUAUCCAAAAAGUUGCAGUCGUGUUAUCCUCAGAGAACGUGUGGUACAACAUGCUGCGGGCGCGAGCUGAGUCUUGUAUAGUUUUACUUUGAAUUUAAUAUAGCUCACUGUAAUUCUGGUUCGUCCCUAUGAUCCAAUGUAAUAAUCAUUCAUUUGCUCCUCAGGCCACCACAAAAAUAUUAGCUCAGAAUAUUUGUAGCACAAGUUGUACUUCGUUCUUCGAUUCACAACGAAAAUCAUUGUCACGUGUUCCUCUCAUCACAGCUCGGGCGAGUGGUGUGGCUUCCGAGAGCUGCGUUCUGCGUAUGGAUUGGGAUCUCGAAAACCACACUUUGUGGCGUCCCCUGUUUGCCGACCUUGACGAGAAAAAGCACCUUUUUCCAGACGGCGUGAUAGAAACGCUACAGCCACCCCUCGCUUACGAUGCACCCAACCACGAUCGGGCGAAGAAGUUACAGAGCCAUUUGGAAAACGACAUAUGGCAAAAAUUUUUGAGACUGCGAUCACAAGGCGGCUUGCGAACGAGAUCGAACGCCGCAAUCGCAGGAAGGUGUCGAGAGAUGCUGGAGAGGCUCGAGCACUUUCGCAUGUCGAGACGAGAGGGUGGAAAUGAAGCGCCUGCACCGCUUAAAUCCACGAACGAUCCGCCAGUAAGAAGACAAGACGUAGAUCGAUUCUUGUACGAUCUCGAAGAGGAAUUUGGAGGGCAUCGAGGACUACGGGUAUAAUCAUUCGCCUCGGAGUAAUUAGUUACGCUUUUACAGAGGAAUCGGAACUGAAAUGAUGCAUCACCGUAAUCUUCACGAUUCUUUUAGAUAGCCUCCACAGUGCAUUGUAAUCGUGAGUGUAUGUAGUUCUCGGAUGUCGACGGUGGUUAACAUCACCAAUUCUCGCAUACUACAUUCAUCCCCAAGAACACACCACACUUUCACUACAGGUCUAUGGCGUUCCACUGAAUAUGGGGAUGAGUGAUUUAAGCCACGCCUGGCAGGCGGUCGAGAACACAAACCUAGUUGCGCUUGGAAACGAUGAUGCGGAGUUCUCUUUUGCAGUCCGAGCGUUCGCCUAUAGCCAUCGUGUUUUCUCGAUAUGGUUGUUUCUUGUUUGCGUUACUGAGUAAAGAUCGAGUCGUGGUAGACGGGAACAGGCGAGCUCAUCGUGGUUUUCGCAAGCCAUUGGAAGUGAAGAUGCGGGUGAUAGAGAUAGACCUUAUAAUAUAUUAUAAUUAACAAAUUCUGGUCGUUUCUGUAAAUGUAUAUUAUGCUGUGUUGACAGUUUUCUACGUUUCGACUGUCAGAUAAGAAGAAAGGGGGCUUUGUACGAAAACUAGAACUACGAAUACGAUAUACUCAUUGAAAGAGCAUGAAAAUUAUUGUAGAUAUGUUUGGUCAUGGUCUACUCGGGUGCAUGUUGGUGGAAGUUCUUGAUGAAUCCCACCUAAAAGUAUGAACUUAUUUCUGCGUAGUUGCCGUUCGCCUUCGCGUUCGAGUAGCAUGAUUGAUGGAUGGAUUCCAAGCUGUUGUUUAUGUGGGUGUAGGAGCCACAUGUAUGAUCGUUCUCUUCGUUUUUUUCUUUGAAAAGGAUUUGGGUUGGUUUGAAAACAUCGCAUAAUGAAGGGUCAUUUCUUUGAAACCGACGGACAUGGAUUUGUUUUCUCCCUAUGUCAGCUCUAAUAUACGACCUGUAUCUGCUACUGGCUUCGCCAGGCGAGAUGCGUCUCGCCUGAGGCUGCCGGAUUGACCUUUCUGAUACGCGUUUGAACUGCAAGUAUCUCAGUCGGUUUAUGAGUUAUCAAUAGAAUUUCAUUAGUUACGUGGGAGACCAAUAGAAAUUGAUCGGUUAGAUUCAUUAUUCGAGAUGUCAUGUUUAUCCAGCUAGAUCAUGUAGUUAUUGUAGUCGGACUACAAACCAGUACCAGGGUUGUGAAUCUCAAUGUCUUUCGGAUUCGACAAUUGAUGUGAUAAAUACUUCAGGUUCAGACAGAGGUCUUUGAGUUUGCAGCAGCAAGAAUGGGUGUCGAGUCUAGACGCGUAUGUUUUAGUUUUGCAUCUGAGCCAGAGCCUUUCGAAUUCGAUUUCCUAAAGUGAUUUCUUGGGGGUUAUUCAUGACUGCGGACGUUAUCUUCAACUUCAUGACAGGGAGACCCAAACUGAAUGAAUGAACUUCAGAUAUCGUAAUGAAAGACGAAUGAAAAAGAAUGAGAAUUGUGGUUACAAAAUAUAAAAUCAGGAAAGCGAAAGUUUCUGACAAAACGCAGCGUCGUGCGCCCAUUCCGCGCCCCUCUUAUGAUUAAUAGUCGGUCCGAAAAGUCAUCCUUGCGAAUCCUGGCUGGACAUCCUCAUUGUUUCAAGAGACGUCAACAUCACUUAUGCUUUGUUUUUGUAGAGGCGCAUGCCUCAUUCACAAGUUCAACAUUGUUCAGGCCUAUCCUCAAUCUUUCGUUCUUCAUACAUACAUAUCACAGAGAGUCUGUGCCCACCUUGUCUCCAAAAAGUCAU